AUGGAUGUUUCCCUUUACCUGCGUUGCACACGUUCGAGGAGGUUGGCAGACAACGAUCACAGACAACAGGAGUUGAACACCAUCGAAACAACUCUACAAAUGAAUAACUACUCAGAAAGAAGUAUAAAAGCGGCUGCCAAGACCACACGGAAACAACAAAAAACUCGAGAUACACCGGUCAUAACAACCACACUACCAUAUAUUGCAGGAACAACAGAUAAAAUCAGCAGAAUUCUUCAUCGACACAACAUAUCAACUUCGUUCGUACCAGAACGGACAAUAAGGUCCAUGCUCCGUAAUCCCAAGGAUCAGAUACCACUGGAGUCACAAGGAGUGUAUGAAGUACCAUGCCAUGAUUGUGACAGGACUUACAUCGGCCAGACCAACAGACGAAUCAACAUUCGCAAAGAUAAACACAAACUAGCAGUGAAGGGAAAAAUCACCACGUCGUCUCUCUUCCAACACGUACUUCAGACAGGACAUAACAUCAAUUUCGAUAACACAAAAAUACUAGCAAGCAACGAAAACUUUCACUCGCGAACAAUCAGAGAGGCUAUCGAAAUUGAAAAACGACCUAAUAAUAUGAACAAGAGGGAUGAUGCGCAAAGAUUACCAUCAACAUGGAGAUCCGUUUUAUCGCUUUGCACAAGCAAUCAGCUUGCUCAACCCAAGAAGCAAAACUCGGCACAUGACAAUACAGGUACAAGAAAAGAGGCAGGAGAGGCAGCUCAGGUAAUAAGACCAAAACAGUUAGUCGAGCAAACACAGGUAGUGGCAGCAACGCAGGUAAAAGGAAACAUCCAUCCCGAUAAAUUGAGACACAGAGUUCGAACCAAUCAGUCUAGUUUAAAAAACCAGACAUUACCAGAAGAUGGCAAAUGA